UGCACACACGUGACCAUCCUGUGUUUAGUCAGUGUAACGCUUGCACUUAAAAGACAAGCAUUUGCUAACUACAUAAGCACUCUUUACACACUUUUAAUGUCAUCUUGACAAAACCGCUGCUCGCAGCUUCGUAUAGCUGAAAGCGGACCAUGGCGGCUGCCAUGAGCAGCAACACAUCCACAACCACGCUUCAGAUCAAGUAUUCCAGUAUCGAGCAUACGCGGAAACGCAUAGACCCUCGGAGGAGACAAGCCGCGCUGUCUUUUCUCAGUAACAUUUCUUUGGAUGGUCGACCCGUGCAAGAUGAUGCCGACAAUCAGAUCGAAGAGGAUAAUUCAAUUGAGGCCAGGACUAGACAGAGCCUGGUUUCCACAGCAGAGCGCCCGCUGUACGCGGUUGGAAGUGGCGCUGCGGUAGCAACCCCCACCGCCGCCCAGGCACUCGCUAUUGCAAACCAGGCUCUGAUUGCUAACACCCGAGCCAGUUUAGGGAUUGGUCCCUCCGCUGCAGCUCCAGCAUGUACAGAUCCGGAAGGGGAUGCUUUCGGUCCUUCGAUUUUCAGUUCGUCCUUCUCUGUAGUACCAGCCGCGACUAGAGGCAGGCUCCAAACCUACACUCAGGGAGUCGUGCCUGCUGCCCACCCUAGGCAGGCUUCCCAGGUCUGCUGUCUGGAGGGAGGACAAAUUGCCAACUCGGGACUGGAACUGCAGAGAUCAAGACGGAGGCUCAUCUCUCAGCGUUCCUCCUUGGAGACACUGGAAGACAUUGAGGAGAACGCCCCUCUGCGCAGAUGCAGAACCCUCUCAGGUUCACCCCGACCAAAGAGCUUCAAGAAGGUUCACUUCAUCAAGAACAUGAGGCAACAUGAUAUGCGCAAUGGAAGGAUAGUCCUAAUCAGUGGCAGAAGAUCCCUUUAUAGUGUAUUUUCUGUCCUGCCCUAUCGAGAUUGUAGCCAAGCAGGGGAUGUGAAACUGGAAAGCGGGCGGCAGCGGCACCCCUCGGGCGGGGUCAGUGCCAAGGAGAUGGUGAUCGGGCUGGAGGGAGUGGAGCUCGGGGCCGACGGAAAGACUGUGUCGUACACCCAGUUCCUGUACCCCACCAACGCCCUGGGCAGCGGUCGCAGGAACACCAUAGACUCCGUGUCGUCCUUCACUCAGUCUCGUAACGUCAACCACCGCAGUCUCAGCCUGGCCCGGGCCAACAGCAACCAGAGCAGCAUCGACACGGGGAACGACCUGGGGGACUUGAUCCGGGAGUACGACCCUAAUCUGUUGGAUGAUCCCCAGUGGCCGUGUGGGAAGCACAAGAGAGUCCUAAUCUUCCCCUCAUACAUGACUACAGUCAUAGAGUACGUCAAGCCUUCUGACCUCAAAAAGGACAUGAACGAGACAUUCAAGGAGAAGUUCCCCCACGUACGGCUGACCCUCAGCAAAGUCCGGAGUCUGAAGAGAGAGAUCCGUAAGUUGGCCCAGGAGGAGUGUGGCUAUGAGGAACCCACCGUAGCCAUGGCCUUCGUCUACUUCGAGAAGCUGGUCCUCCAGGGGAAACUCAACAAGCAGAACCGCAAACUCUGUGCCGGCGCCUGCGUCCUGCUUGCCGCCAAGAUCGGCGGAGACCUCAAGAAGCACGAGGUCAAGCAGCUCAUAGAUAAACUGGAGGAGAGGUUUCGUGUGAACAGGAGGGAGUUGAUAGCCUUUGAGUUCCCUGUGUUGGUGGCCCUGGAGUUCAACCUGCACCUGCCUGAGAACGAGGUCAUGCCACACUACAGACGCCUCGUCCAGACCUCCUAGCAUUAGUGACCCAUCAGGAGAGCACCCACACCCAGCCCUCCUGAUCCAGGACCAGGAGACCCACCCUACUGGACCACCCCACCUCACCGAGUCCCACGACCAGCUGGUCUCCCUGCAGCCUGGAGAUCCAUAGGGUUGGAGCUCCUCUACACUCUACUGCAGGCCACAUUCAUAUGUACAUUUUCAGAUCGAGACUUGAAAGCAGCCAAAGUUACCCAUAUUUUUACUUCAACAUUCUUCUCAGACUUUUACUUCUACUUUCUUUAACACUAUCUACACAUUCAAAAGAUUGGUAGAUGAAAGUUGGCGAAAGCUGUUCAUAACAAUUAAUUUUUUGUUGUUGUAAUCCUUGCUUGGCAUGUUUUGGUUGCCUUAUGAUUGUCGUGGAGAAUGACGCAAACCUGUCGCGUGGCCAAUUUUGACAGGACUGUUAUCCCAGUAACUCUGUGCUUUUUGAAAAACGUUUUCCAGUCUCUCCUCGCUAGAAGUGCACUUUUUGAAUAUUGCAGACAUGGAUAGAGGCCAUUUUCGGAGACUCUUGACUGGGUGAGGGUUGUGAAACAAACUCAUUCGGAUCAAUUUGAGUUGACUUAAACCCCGGAAGGGAAGUUGAUCUAAAUAGCUUUCAAUAUAUUUUCUAAUCCUUUUCCUUUUUCUGUUUCCCAGCCACCAAUCCCACGAUCCGCAUGACAAUUUAUUGACAACCUUUUCGAUUGCAAAAAACUUACAGAUUUAAUAGGAUUUUAUACGGUACAUUAUUCAGUACAUUUAAGUAUUCUUCUUGUUUUCUACCUGUUGAGUGCUUGCUUUGGACAUUAUGUAAAUGGGACCACUCUUAUCAUUUAAUGUGUAAUCUCCUGUGCUCUAUGUUAGAGUGUAUCAUCGGCACGUUUCCAGUGCUUUACUGGAGUGGGUGGAAAGGUAUCAGAAGUAGGGCAUGAUGUUGCCAAUGCUACAGCUCUGAUCUUGAAACUGAACUUGAAUAGCGUCAUAAUCAAAAUAUCUGUCAAGACUUGACUAAGUGUUUGAUAUGGCAUGUGAUGAAUUUGUCACGGUCACAAUAUGAUUGUGCCAUCUGUCUUUUAUGACGAGUGGUUCCAGUUCUAAGGUCACCAUUGUUAUGGUCCCAGUCAGUAUUAAAUAGAACAUUGUUGCCCUGCCCGCCUGUAGGGAAAAUAACCUUGGCUCACAGCAAAAACUUGACCUUUUUUCAAACACAAUUUUCUUGUUGUCUGCUUGAUUUUGUCAAUUACAAAAUAACAUAUGGAUGACUUUUCAACAUUGCGUUCUCACUACUUAGAAAAUCGUAAUAUUGUAGGGCUUCCCUCAUGCCCCUUUUCAUGAAGGUGCUAAUGUUAGCAACGUGAGUGCUAGCUAGCUACCAACCAGAACAUUAAACUAGCCAAGACCAACAACACAAACAAACGGACUAUAAAGCUACAAGUAGUGAUUGUAGUUACACACGGACUACACUACAUUAGUUAAAUGUCUUUCUUACCUGUGAUGAAAUGUUUUCCAAACAAAUGGCUAUGUGUAGCCUACUUGGACACUGGGUCACCACAAUUUCCCAUACUCCCACACUGAAUAGUCUGAAGCCACGGGGCUCUUCUCGCAUGCUCUAUUUCCCUACGUGGGAGCAUUGCAAACCGUAUGUCGGGAUUUACCUGGUUACAUGUACAUAAGCAUGUACAGCGGAUUCGGAAUGUAUUCAGACCCCUUUACUUUUUCCACAUUUUAUGUUACAGCCUUAUUAUCAAACUGAUCCUCAAUCUACGUAAGUAUUCAGACCCUUUACUCAGUACUUUGUUGAAGCACCUUUGGCAGCGAUUUCAGCCUCAAGUCUUCUUGAGUAUGACGCUACAAGCUUGGCACACCUGUAUUUGGGGAGUUUCUCCCAUUGUCCUCUGCAGAUCCUCUCAAGCUCUGUCAGGUUGGAUGAGGAAUGUUUCUGCACAGCUAUUUUCAGGUCUCUCCAUAAAUGUUCAAGUCCGGGCUCUGGCUGGGCCAUGCAACGACAUUGAGACUGUCCUGAAGCCACUCUUGCAUUGUCUUGGCUGUGUGCUGAGGGUGUCCCAUUGAAAGGUGAACCUUUAUCCUAUUCGGAGGUACUGAGUGUUCUGGAGCAGUUUUUCAUCAAGUAUCUCUCUGUACUUAGCUCCGUUCAUCUUUCCCUCGAUCCUGACUAGUCUCCCAGUGCCUGCUGCUGAAAAACACGGUGAAACACGGUGAAGCUGCCACCACCAUGCUUCACCGUCAGGAUGGUGCCAGGUUUCUUCCAGACGUGACUCUUGGCAUUCAUCCCAAAGAGUUCAAUCUUGGUUUCAUCAGACCAGACAAUCUUGUUUCUCAUGGAUUGAGUCUUUCGGUGCCUAUUAGCCAGCUCCAAGCAGGCUGUUCUGUGCCUUUUACUGAGGAGUGGCUUCAGUCUGGCCAUGCUAUCAUAAAGGCUUGAUUGUUGAAGUCUUGCAGAGAUGAUUGUCCUUCUGGAAGAUUGUCCCAUGUCUACAGAGACAUGUGGAGCUGUGUCAGUGACUAUCAGGAUCUUGGUAAUCUUCCUGUCCAAGGCCCUUCUCCCCCGAUUGCUCAGUUUGGCCUGGCGGCCAGCUCUAAGAAGAGUCUUGGUGGUUUCAAACUUCUUCCAUUUAAGAAUGAUGAAGGCCACUGUGUUCUUGGGGACCUUCAAUGCUGCAGAAAUGUUUUGGUACACUUCCCUAGAUCUGUGCCGUGACAAAAUACUGCCUCGGAGCUCUACAGACAAUUCCUUCGACCUCAUGACUUGGUUUUUGCUCUGACAUGCACUGUCAACUGUGGGACCUUAUAUAGACUGAUAUGUGCAUUUCCUAAUCAUGUCCAAUCAGUUGAAUUUACCACAGGUGGACUCCAAAUUGUAGAAACAUCAAGGAUGAUCAAUGGAAAUAGGAUGCAAUUUUGAGUCUCAUAGCAAAGAGUCUGAAUACUUAAGGUAUUUCUGUUUUAAUUUUUAAAUACCUUUGCAAAAAUUUCAAAAAAUUGAUUAUGGGGUAUUGUGUAGAGAAUAAAAAAGUAUUUUAGAAUAAGGCUGUAACAUAACAAAAUGUGGUAAAGUCUAGGGGUCUGAAUACUUUCCGACUGCACUCUACGUAAGAAUUUCGCUACACCAGUGAUUACAUCUGCAAAUUUGAUCGAACAACACAGCAGCUUUUCGGCACGUUUGUUAUUUCUUGAUAACAAAAAAAUCUACGACGAAGUUCUCUUUUACAGUAGGGGUCAAUGGGAAAGAAUGUUUGUUUUCUCCAAUUUGUGGCGUGGUCGAGGGGAAUUCCUUCUUAUGACAUGAAUACUGACUCGGAAUAUGUUCAUGCUAUUUUGGUGACAUCAUAGCAGUGUUACCAAGAGUUUCUCUUGAAAAACAGGAAAGUAUUGUUUGUUUUAUCAGAUCAAAAUCGUUUUUGUCUUUUGAACACUGUCUGAUUUUAAUCGAAUUGUAGUCAUUUUAAUUAUACAGAGAAGAUGGAUAGUGCUGAAAUCAGGGUGAAAUACUAUUGUUAGAUGUUUUGAUUUCUAAACCCAAAGAAUGUUGUAGGAUACACACUUUUUUUAUGGUUUGGCAGAAAGCUCAUGGUCAACAACACCAGAAUACACGUGUGUAUGUUUGUAAAUAUACUGCCUUGCUUGUUCAAUUAAAACAAGAUUCCUGAAAUGUGA